UGCAGCCAACGAGGUUUGACCACGUUGUGAUGAACGAUAGCGAACGUCCACUAGAUACUAGUAAUACUAUAGUUGAUAUCUCAUCUCCGAUAACAGAAGUGCGAGAAGACGUUCAUGACACGCAAAGGGUAGCAAUGGCUAGUACUAGUAGGAAGAAACUAGUUAUCUGUUUCGUGGGAAUAUUCUGCUGUUAUUUCUACUACGGAAUCGUGCAGGAAACAAUAACGAGGGGAAAAUAUGUUGUAGGGGACACAACUGAGAAGUUCACCUAUACACUCUGCCUGGUGUUCAUGCAAUGUGUUAUAAAUGGACUGUUUUCAAAACUGAUCAUCAGAGUGACGAAUCCAGGUACUGAUUCAACCCCUACCAGUCUCUUCGCCAUGUGCAGUGUGUCCUAUCUCGGCGCUAUGCUGGCAAGCAACCUGGCGCUACAGCAUGUAAACUAUCCGACACAGGUGUUGGGGAAGUCCUGCAAGCCGAUACCUGUCAUGCUGCUCGGCGUGCUGAUUGGUGGCAAGCGCUACAACCUGCAGAAGUAUGUCUUUGUGACGAUGAUCGUCAUCGGAGUCGCGCUCUUCAUGUACAAGGACGGCAAGGUAUCCAGCUCCAGUGAUCUCGUCGUCGGCGCCGGUGAAGCCCUGCUGGUUGUGUCAUUGACACUAGAUGGAGUUACUGGAGCAAUGCAGGAUAGGAUGAGAGGUUACCAUUCCACAAAAGGACAUCAUAUGAUGUUGAAUAUUAAUUUGUGGUCCACAUUAUACCUGGCAUUCGCCGUGGUGCUCACCGGAGAACUUUUCGCCUUCAUUCCAUUUGCUCAGAGGCACCCACACGUUCUACUAAACAUGUUACUGUUUGGUGUCACUAGUGCCUUGGGCCAGUACUUCAUCUUCCUGACGGUGGCUGAUUUUGGGCCACUGCCCUGCUCGAUCAUCACGACAACGCGCAAGUUCUUCACAAUCCUCGCCUCUGUGCUGCUGUUUGGCAACGCGGUGACAUCACGGCAGUGGACAGGCACUGCGCUAGUCUUCAGCGGACUUCUCCUGGACAGCCUCUAUGGCAAGUCAUCGACUGUGAAGGGAAAGUAGCGCUGCGGUGGUGUGAAGGGAAGAAAUGUUGCGACAGUGAGAAGGAUGUAAAUCUGCGACAGUAAGAGGGGAUAUAAACAUUGCGACGGUGAGAGGGGUGUGGUGUUGCGACAGUCAGAGAGGAAGUAAUGUUGUGACAGUGAGAAAGAUGUAACUUUGAGAAGGUGGGAGGGAAGAGACACAACGACAGUAAGAAAGAAAUAAUGGUUCGAGAUGGGAGGGCAGGAAUACUGCGACUGUGAGAGAGUCUAGAGAUGUAACAUUGCAACUAUGAAAGGAUCGAGUGUGUAAUGAAUGUAUAGAUGAAAUGAACCCCUGAUUGAUAGCGGUGUUUAGGAAUCAUGGUGAUCUCUUCUAUGAUGAGAAAAUGAAACUGGGAAUUAACUCAGUGAUGCAAGAUGAUUCGUGGUCUUCAGACCAGUGAAAUUAUCGCUGCAUAAAUGCUAUGAGAAAUUAUUGACACACUGAUGGUCGAUAAACACAAUCAUUCGUGCGUUAUUUUUUUGUUGCGUGUAGGAAAUUAACGUGUUUAUUAUUUAAAGCCGUAUUAUGUCUAGCUAAUCUAUACUGUUGGCAAUUGAUAGAGUAAAUGACGUACACCUUGUGCUGUUUAUAAAGCUUAAUGCCGAAUUCAUAUUAGUUUGUCCUAUUUCAUGGUUUGUUACCUUACAAACUAGACUUAAAUGUCCUUUGUCAACAACUGAGCUAAAAAAAUUGCCUGAACUUUUAGCUGGUAACAAACCUAUAAAAAACACUGAUCACGUGACAGUACUAGUAGGACUAGCAAAGAUACGUGUGUCCCAAUAUUAUGUUCUAACCCGAGUGACAAAUUGAGCAUGCGUAUGGCCUAGCAUGUGUGUGGAAGUGUGCCAUGCAGCAACCGUAGUUACACCUACUUUGCCAGUUGGGAUUCGAAUUGUUAACAAUUGCUGGUGAAUGAAGAUGAUUUUCAAUUGGACCUUUUAUUAGUAAUCAGCAGUGAAACUAUAGACAACCUAAUAUGAAUUUGGCAUUAAAUUUAUGUACUUUUAAACGACAGGUGUUAGUACUUCUAACAUUUGCCAACAGUGGAAAUUGGAUAGACAUAUUCGGAUUUUAAAUGAUUUUCCUCCAUAUUACGUGCAUGAGUAAAAAUUUUAAAAACUCCUGAAAUUUAAAAUUUUACGAAUGUAAGUGGUGUGGUGCGAGGAGUAGUGAAUUGUUUGUCCAGGUUGUUAUUUUGUGUAUUUUGUGUUAUUGGUUUUCCACGUUAUCAAUGAGAUCAAGAGCGGAUAAUACCUAGAGUGUACAACGGAAAAACGGGAAAAUAGUGCUAUUUCACGACUACAUUAUUCUA